CCUAGCUAAAAUAUUAACCCAAUGGCAAUGAAGCAACCUCACGUAGUCAUCUUUCCCUUCCCACUCCAAGGUCACAUGAAGCCCUUGCUAUGCUUAGCCGAGCUUCUCUGCCAUGCAGGCCUUCAUGUCACCUAUGUCAACACUCACCACAACCACGAGCGCUUGGCCAACCGCCAAGCACUCUCGACUCAUUUCCCCACCCUCCAUUUCGAGUCCAUCUCCGAUGGCCUCCCCGAGGACGACCCCCGUACCCUGAGUAGCCAGUUGUUGAUUGCGUUGAAGACGUCCAUUAGGCCUCAUUUCCGGGAGCUGCUCAAAACCAUUUCGCUUAAGGCUGAAUUGAAUGAUGCUCUGGUGCCGCCUCCGAGCUGUAUCAUGACAGAUGGGCUCGUGACUUUUGCGUUUGACGUGGCGGAGGAGCUGGGGCUUCCCAUUCUAAGUUAUAACGUUCCUUGUCCUCGUUACCUGUGGACUUGUCUUUGUCUCCCCAAGCUCAUUGAGAAUGGCCAGCUUCCUUUUCAAGAUGAUGACAUGAAUGUGGAAAUUACGGGAGUGCCUGGAAUGGAAGGUCUUUUGCGUCGCCAAGACUUGCCAGGUUUUUGCCGAGUCAAACAAGCUGACCACCCAUCUCUUCAAUUCGCUAUCAACGAGACCCAAACCCUAAAACGAGCCUCGGCUCUCAUUCUUGACACAGUUUAUGAGCUAGAUGCUCCUUGCAUUUCCCACAUGGCCCUCACGUUUCCCAAGAUUUACACCCUUGGACCACUCCACGCUCUCCUCAACUCCCAAAUAGGUGACAUGUCUCGAGGUCUAGCAUCCCACGGCUCUCUUUGGAAAAGCGACUUAAAUUGCAUGACAUGGCUCGACUCUCAUCCAUCCAAAUCGGUUAUCUACGUCAGCUUUGGGACAUUGGUCCACUUGACACGUGCCCAGGUGAUAGAGUUUUGGUACGGCCUGGUCAACAGUGGACACCCGUUCUUGUGGGUCAUGAGGUCCGACAUCACAUCUGGAGACCACCAAAUUCCCGCAGAGCUGGAAAAGAGUACGAAAGAAAGAGGGUACAUAGUGGAUUGGGUUUCGCAGGAGGAGGUGCUGGCGCACAAAUCGGUAGGUGGGUUUUUGACCCACAGUGGGUGGAACUCGACGCUUGAAAGCAUUGUGGCCGGGCUGCCCAUGAUCUGUUGGCCGAAUUUGGGGGACCAUUAUAUUAUUAGCAGAACUGUUUGCCGGCAGUGGAAGAUUGGUCUCCAAUUGAAUGAAAAUUGUGACCGGUCCAACAUUGAGAGCAUGGUACAAACUUUGAUGGGACCCAAAAGGGAGGAGAUCCAGAGCUCCAUGGAUGCCAUUUCGAAAUUGGCUCGUGACAGUGUUGCCGAAGGUGGAUCUUCUCACAACAACUUGGAGCAGCUGAUCGAAUACAUUCGAAAUUUGAAACACCAGAAAUAGCUAGCUAGCAAGCUGGUGAUAUUAAUUAUAUUUCACUUUUCAUUGGAAUAAUUUGUUGUGUUAUUUGGUGAUGAGGUUUGGAAGAUUGGGUUUGAUAUGAAGGAUAAGUCUGAAGUAAGGGCUUCGAGGGAAGAUCAUGCAAGUGAGCACAUUCCCAAGUCGGUCGAGAGGUUCGCAAAAUUGGCUCAGAAUGCUGUUUGUGAAGCUGGCUCGUAUUUCGUACAACAACGUGGAGAAACUUAUUGAAAACCUAAUAAAAGAAAUUGUGUAUCAAGUAGAUUUGCUUAAGUUUAUAUGUCUUGUUCGUGUGUGCUAUUAUAUAUGUAUCAUUGCUUCUUGAAUAAACAAUCCAAAAUUUCCAUCCA